AUGAUUAUCGAUGAUGGUGCACCAAUUACAGGCUCAUCAUUUGGCAUUGUUGCUAUGCUUAAUGUUGAUAGCGAUAUUUAUAUAGGUGGUGUACCGGAUUUAGAUAGUAUGACCGGUGGUUUACAUGAGAAAAAUUUUGUUGGUUGUAUUGGCGAUAUAGCAUUUAAUGGUGUUAAAAUGGAUUUAAUGGCAAAUGCAAUUGAUGGACGAAAUGUCAAACCAUGUGACCAAUGGAUGACAAAAAAGAAAUGGUUACGAAAUGAUGAAGAACGAUGA